ACUUUGUCUGUAGUUGUGUUUAUUCUUAACGGCUAUUGUGUGUUCACAAUGCCUUCGUUCACGUCACAAUCGCGCGCGAGUAUUGAAAACACCGGGCGUAGUCCCCUUGAGCACGCGGUAACUGCAUAGUCGUUGCUACGAACACAAACGUACGUAUGACUGUAGAUAUACAGAAACAUUUUGACCUUGUUGUGCACAGUGUUCAGUUGUGUUGUUGCAUUAUCAGUGGAUGCAUGCAUGGUGUACUUGUUGAACGUGAAGCAUUGACACUGCAGGUCGGUUUAACCUUCUGAGAAUUUCCACGAUGGGAGAGCCCGUGUCAGGGGUUGAGUUAGAGCUUGCAGUUCCAGGAACGAGUCAAGACCAUCCAGGGAGUUUUGGAAGUGAAGCUGGUCCGAGCACAGAAUGCCUAGUGUCUCAACCUCAAGAGCAGGUCGACUGGAGUUUGUUACCCGAUGUAGCCACGACCAUGAUAGCAGCAUAUCUCCUACCAUGGCAGCGUGGCUACAUGGCAAUGACUUGCAACAAUUGGAACAGAGCCAUCAUGAAAUCACCUCACUUGUGGCGGACCAAGGACUUCCGUAUCCACGGCAACUGGAGGGACUCGCAUCAUCUGUCUUACGUCAAGAGUGUCGGUAGACAUCUCAAGAGGGUCUACUGUUCGUUUGGCUUCCGAUCUCACCGCUAUCCGCGUCGCAUGCAGAAGCUCUUCACAGCUCUACUGGCUGAGCUGUACCGCAGCGGACCCGUGCAGCUCUUGGAUCUACACGUCACAUCACUUCAGUUCAACAGGAACUUUCAAACCCCCGAGUGCGAUCGCGCCAGAAAGGGAAUCUUGAAGUCCCUGAAUCGGUUCCUACGACGCCAGACCAUAUUGCAGACCCUAGACCUGAGUGAAGACAUGCUGCGAGUAGAUGAAGGCGUGGCCUUGCUGUCGUCCGUCUCUGAAUGUUCCUCCGCAAGUCUCAAAAUGCUGUACAUUGACGAGACUUUUCAGCAAGGAGCCGGUGUCAACGCAGACAGGAGUUUCGUCCGGAUAAUGGGCCGUUUUACCAAACUGGUGGAGGUGACUGUGAACUACAGCUGCCUGUCUGCUGAGCUGCUGUCCCGACUCGCUGCUUCCUGCAGUUCAACAUUAGAGGUUCUCAGUAUCACAACUCACCGCCAUGAUAACCACGAGCAUACCAUCAACCGCGACGCAUGGGUUGAUUUCUGUGAAGCCUCUCCUGGUACCCGUGUUACCCUCUCCAUGAGCGGCAUCGUGCGUAUGGCUGCUGUCUACCGCAUCCUAACCCCUGGUAUGCCGCUAGUCAGCCUGCGUACCUUCGGCCACAACGACGGUGGGUUUCAUCCUGACCGAACUCUGCGACAUCUAUCCCGCCACUUCCACCAUUCCAUCCGUAAGAUUGUUAUGGACGUGGGUCCUGUCUACCACCCCUACGCCCGAGGAUUAGACUGCCUCAUCCGGAAUUGCAGCAAACUUGAAAACCUUCAGAUCCACGGGCGGAUCUCCUGGCCGGCCCUGCGUGACGUCUUCGACUUCUUGGACGAGGCUUACAUCAAGAAGGGUCUCCGGCCGAGUCUGACGUACUUCCGAGUGGUCAUCACGACCAUUGGUUUUGGCCAGGAGGAGGCGUUGGUCAUGGAGGAAUUCAGGCCAAUGUUUGACCAACAUAAUCUCAACUAUGAGCUCGUCUUCGAUCCUAUGUACCCACUGCCCCUGGGUCCAUUGGUACCCGUGGGUGGUGAGGAACAAGUGGACGAUGUUAUCGAAGUAUGGUAAGCACAAGGACUCCGAAAAACUCAACCUCUCGUGAAUUUUAAUUUGGUAGCUCCUUAUCACAAAGAAAAUCAUCAAUGUUGCACCCGUUUUGUUUGGUGCCGGUGAUGUUAAUCAGGAUAUUGACAAGAAUUCAGGGAUUCCAAGUAAAUGACGCCACCAAGCGCUAGCCUCGAGGACGCCAUUUUUAACGAGGUUUUGCGAUCUUGUCGCCAAGUACAUGCAUAAGAUUAUUACAAUCAGGCAAUGUAUACAAACAAAUCAACCUUUUUUUAAUGUGAUGCACCAUGAGACAGCAGACACUAUGACUUCUUUUCUGAAAGCUGAAAUUCAUCAUUGUUUAAAAUGUGUAUCGUCACGACCGUUAUGGUUGAUCAGAGUUUCCAGGAAUAUGUGACAUUAAUGCUAAAUUACUCAUACAACGUGAACAGUUAGUGCUUUUCUGUUAUUUUAUAAUAAUUGGUUAUUAACGAAAUUCUAAGAAGUGAGAUUACACCUUAUAGUAAUAACCAAUGGACCCCUUCCAUCUGACGUCACACCUGAGGGGCAGACCUUUGUUCCUCUACGAUGCGCAUAAGUAGACACUUUGUAUUGUAUCAAAACAACGUCUUGCCCUCAGUGAGAGCGCACAAUGGAGUUGGUUGCAUUUUCUUGUCAAAUUCUAAAAAAAAUUGUAACUUUUAUUCUGACAAGGAAAGCCCCCGUUGGAUUAAGCAUUGCGGUCAUUAUUGGCACAAAGUCUGUGUCUGUGUACGUAACAAUAUUGAAUCAAAAUAUGUAAAUAAUAUAUAUAAUUGUAUACAAUUAACGAAAAAAGCAAGUAACUUUGAAAAACAAAAUGUUUUCCCCCUGACUUGUCAUAAAUAGAGAGUGUCACAUUGUAUCAUUUCUGAACAAUUAAAAUUAGUGUUGGACCAGAAAUAGUGCAAGAUAAUUAAAAUCUGACUUUUCUAUAAUCGCCAA